CCAAACUAGGGGUGUUGUAAAAACAUUUGGCUAUACCGAAAAUUAGCCAUGAAAGGUACCAUUUUCUGCAGUUAAUACUUUGAGGUAGGGGUUGUAGUAGUAAUAUUUAUGGGCCAUAGUUUGCUUGAUAAGAAAGAGUUCGCCACAUACCCCUCUAUAUCAAAAUAUCUAAAGACUAACCCUAACCCUAUCCCAGAAACUACCUUAAUCAUUGAAAGGGGUAUGAGUCGAACUCACGCCCACUUGGCUAGGCAGUGUAGAAAUGGCUGCGUGGAUAUUUCCCGUCACUAUUUAGUUGUGUCUAUUUUUAGUGCCAACCUCACUGCUGAACAAAACUGACUACUACACAACUGUUAGCUGACGUGUUGCUGUAAAUAAAAUUUCGUACGGGAAAGGUGCAGAGGGGAUAGGUUAGUCACGGGGAUGAAACAUGAACGUCAGGAAUCAAAUAAAGCGAUUCAAGAAGGAGAUUAUAGUCGCUGUUUUGUUCUACGUCAUUCUGCACGUGCUCGUAUUGAGCCCUGUGUGUAUGCUGGGCGUGGUUCCUCUCGCGUAUUAUCCGAAGUACGAAGGGUCGGCGCCUGAACCCGCCAUCACCAUCGUCACUGCUUACUUCAACCUCGGCCGAUUCCGGAAGGGUAACGAAGGGAAUGUGUUUGGCCCGGGUCUGUAUCAGACGUGGGCCUCGGUCUAUAGGUACAUGGAGAAUCCAGUUAUUCUCUACACCGACAGCGACGACUUCGCAGACGUGUUCACAAAGAUUCGGUCGUCACUGCCAAACAGGACCAGAGUGAUAAGGAUAGAGCGAGACGACCUCUGGGCGUUUAAGUGGGUGCAGAGAAUACGGGAAAUCUACUCAGACCCAUCAUACCCGAAAUUCCACCCUAACACCGUCGUUCCGGAGUACUCGUGUGCACAGCACGCGAAAUAUUCGUGUGUGCAAGACGCCAUUUUGAAAGAUUUCGUAAAAACAGAUUACGUUAUGUGGUUGGACGUCGGCUACUUCCGGUUAAUCACAGAGCGGAAACGUCACUUCCUGCUGAGUGUUCCGCCACAUUUUGACAACAGGAGAAUGGCUGUUAACCAGAUUCAUUUUAGAAGUUUAAAUGAAUCGCCAAACGAGAUAUUUCGAACGAAUCUAGUGUGGGUGGCGGGGGGCCUAGUUUUAGGACAGAAGGAAUUGUUUUUGAAGUUUAUAAAGACUUACCGCUCGGCUGUUGAGAGAUAUUUAGAUAUGGGUUUGAGCUCGACGGACCAGCAAGUUCUGUUCGCUAUGUACACUCAGAAAGAGAAAGAUAUUCUAAAGCCCGUUCAGUUACAACCAUACGUGUGGGAUGUAUUCGGGAGCUGCUGGUAUUAUUUAGGAUAUCAGUGUUAUAAGGAAUUGUAAAGUCAACGAGGACGGAUCAACGAUUUUGCGAAGCCAGGAUUUUAGGGGGGUGUCAACCCACACUAUGUAUGUAUGUAUGGGUGGGUGGAUGGUUGGAUGGAUGUAAGUAUGUACAAUGUAUGUAUGGAUGGAUGGAUGUAAGUAUGUACAAUGUAUGUAUGGAUGGAUGGAUGUAAGUAUGUACAAUGUAUGUGUGAUUUUAUAAAAUGUAAUACAGGUUUGGGGGUUUUUGAAAACGGAAAACGUUUGAUUGGGGGCAUAGCUCCCGUGCCCCCCCCCCCCCCCC